GAAAUUGCACAAACUGACUGGUAUUGUGCAUCUGUUUUCAUCUUUGGAUUACGGCAAUAUUUAAAGACUGAAACAGUGAAUCCAGCAUGGGAACUAACCCAAAAAGGACAGUGACAGUCCAGAUGGUGCCUCAGCUGGCUGUGGUGGACACGCUGGGCAAUAAGGAGCCUAAUGCCAACUGGGCUAAAGAGCCCAACCUCAAACUCUCUCAGGUUUGUCCAAACCCCGCCCUCACAUCUCCUGACCACAAACAGGAUAACUUAUCUCUGACUGCUUCUCCGGCUAACACCAUCCCACAUACUCAAAAAACAGCCUCCAAGGGAGGUAAACCAGUUAGCAGCGCUGUGUCAGAAAAACCAGCACCAACUAAUGGAAACCAGACAAAAUCAGAGGUUGUGACAGGUGGAGACCAACAGAUGCCCGACCUGUCUCUAACAGGCCACGGUGUGGGUGAGGCAGGAGGUCUCCAGAGGGAUUCAAACGCUAAUGUGAAAAUGUUAAGCCUGGCUGAAGAAAAGGAUAUCUGUAAGGCCACUGUGCCGCCUGCUCUUUCAGCGUCAAAGGUUGACAUGCAGACCAAUGACUGCAGAAUAAAAGGCCCAAGUGCAGCAGAGGGAGAGUGUGCACAGAUUACAUCUUCAGUCAAAGCCACAGCACGAGAGGACAGAAAUAAAAAUCUUUCUCCAAAUGAUAAAACUCUUAAAAACACCUGUGAAUUAAGGCUUACAGCAGCUGAACCACAACACGGUAAUAAAGGGAGUACUUCAGCUCCCACAAACAAGGACACUGCCGUACUACAGAAAUCUCAAGAGCCUGAUCAUAUACGUAGCUGCUCACAAAGCAAUGUCAGUCUGCAAGAGACACCCAAACCUAAACAAAGCAUGGAAACUACUGCUGCUGCUCCACUUAGCUCCACUACACCUCCACCUAUGAGUAAAGAAGCAGAGGCCGGGUUUACAAAUAACAAUUCAAGUUCAACACAUCCAGAGAAGGAUUUGUCACCAGUAAAGAAACCUCAAGUCUCCUCAGAUAAACAUCAGCCAGUGUCUUCACAGACGGACUCCUCUACUCUGCCCCAGGCUAUGCAAAACAUGGAGGCAUAUGGGCAGGUGGCUGAGGAAGUCAGCCAGACUGACACAGCUGCCUUUGAAGGACAGCAGCAGCAGCAGCAGCAGCAUUGCAAGCUGUACAGGGAGGCUUCGACAAUGACCUUAUCCCUGUCAAAUACCCCAGUCAAGCAGUGCCAUGAUAUGGAGGUUCAAGCGGUGGCUAACACGUGCAGUAAGGCUGUGGCGACAAGUCCGAGCCUGUUGCCUUUCGCUGUGCCUUGCAGUCCGAGUGGUGGUGCAGUCCAGAAGGAGGAGGCGCAGAGCCUGGCUGUAGUCUACCAGGUUGACGGCGGUGUGGGACUCCAUCAAAUGAACAUAAGCCCUCUAUCCGCCUCUACUGAUCCGAGGUCAGAGAGACUCACUGUUGAGGCGGAGAUGUGCCCCAACAAAAAUGCCGGCAUGGUUUUCCAGUCAGAAACUUUGUCCCAUGAGCAGGACAAAAGGCUAGGAGCAAAGCCUAAAGACCCCGGGUCAGCUCUCUGCAACAUUCAGCCAGUUUAUCAAAUCAACAUUGAACACAGCAACCACAAGGACCAAGGAGAGACAGGUAACUCCCAAUAUAAAACGGGAGGUCAGACAUCUGCAGUGAAAACAACCGCUACUGAAGCUCCCUCUCUCAAAUCAGGAACACCCCCAGAGACAGCCGGUGCUACCAAGUCUGGAUCUGCUGACAGCAGCAAAGCUGCACUGUCUCAGGCUGCUGUUACAACCAAGCCCAGCCAGGCCCUGCCAACAACAACAGCAACAAACAUUACAUCAAAGUUAGGGCUAACUAAAAAUAAAGCUGGAAGUCCUAAAGCAAAGGCUAAAGCUGGAGGUAAAGCCAAGACAAAGGAGACAAAGUCCGGCAAAAAGAAGAUAGAGCCGGAGAGAAAGGAAGAAGAGGAUGACCAGUCAGAGAAGGAGAAAGGAAAGAGCGUCCAUGAUGUCGUCUGGGAUGAACAAGGGAUGACUUGGGAGGUCUACGGUGCUUCUGUGGACCCAGAAUCCCUUGGUUUUGCCAUUCAGAGCCACUUGCAGUGCAAAAUCAAGGAGCAAGAGAGGAAACUGAUAGUCCGGACCUCCUUGCGAAAGUCAGUCUCUGGUGUCGACUCGCCGCAACGUGGCAGGAAGAACAAAAGGAGGCAGCAGAACAUUUUCAGGUCAAUGCUGCAAAAUGUCAGACGGCCCAACUGCUGCGUGCGUCCCCCUCCCUCCUCUGUCCUCGAGUAGCACAGCACAGAGGUAGCCAAUGUCAGACUCCUCCCUUUUCCUAGAGGUCAAAAUGUUUGUCCUUCCCCUCAUCAUGAUUGCAAUGCCAAGUGAAACAUUAAUGGUGCGACGAUCCCUGUAAGUAAGUAUACUGGAGUGUUGUAGCAUAAAGAGUCAAACUAUUUGUGAUGUUUGUGAUCAAAGAAAGUAGGAAAUAGAUAUAUAAACAUGAACAACUCAAGACUUAUUUUCUAGAAAUAGAUACGAUAAAAAAAAAGAGAAAAUAAUUUUUGAAUAACAAAGGCAAUAAUAGUGAAAUGCAUGUAUAUUAGGCAAUUGUAUGGCCUAAAAUGAAGUGCAAACCUUCCCAGUAAAAGGCACUGAUCACGGGGUACACAUAUUACUUAAUGUCAGAAUAUUUGUGCAAAUAUAUUAAACCAACAUCUCCUUACAUUUGGUGCAUUUGGUAUAUGUUUUUGAGGUGAUUUGGGGCCCUAUAUUUAUAAGAUUGCUGUAUUUUCUUUUGAUGCACAUUUAUUUUU